AGGAAACUUCCUCGCCCUUGCCCUUGUUCUUCCGUGUCGUUCCCAUCCCAUCGUAAGAUGCUCCGUGGAAGGGAGCCGAGCGGUGGGCAGUGGCCGAGUCCCCGAUAAGGAGCGCCUCACAUUUCCGUGGCAUUCUCAUUUGCUAGUGCGCUGCUGCGGCCGCACGCCUGAUUGAUAUAUGACUGCAAUGGCACUUUUCCAUUUGACAUUCUCUCUCUCUCUCUCCCUCUCCCUCUCCCUCUCUCUCUCCCUGUGUCGCUUAAACAACAGUCCUAACUUUUGUGUGUUGCAAAUAUAAAAGGCAAGCCAUGUGACAGAGGGACAGAAGAACAAAAGCAUUUGGAAGUAACAGGACCUCUUUCUAGCUCUCAGAAAAGUCUGAGAAGAAAGGAGCCCUACGUUUCCCCCAAGCUGUGCGGCAGAUAUCGUGAGGGUGGAUUGCAAGUGGAAACAGUGAGACCCGACUCCGACACACAAAGGACAAUGACAACCAGAAAGCUCCGGCCAGAUCGUGCCCUUUGCUGGGAAGGAACUGGAUCCUAGGGGGCGAAGGCAUUGCCAAUCUUUAGUCCUCUGCCUCCCUCUGCUGUUCCUUCUGAGAAGUUUUCCUUACAACAAUGAGAAAUCAUGCACUCGCUGCAUCUUUUUCUAUGCUCUCCCUGCUGGCGCUGAUGGGAGAUACAGACAGCAAAACGGACAGCUCGUUCAUGAUCGACUCGGACCCUCUGCGCUGCAUGAGGCACCACUAUGUUGAUUCAAUCAGUCACCCGUUGUACAAGUGUAGCUCAAAGAUGGUGCUUCUGGCCAGGUGCGAGGGGCACUGCAGCCAAGCGUCACGCUCGGAGCCCCUGGUGUCCUUCAGCACUGUCCUCAAGCAGCCCUUCCGCUCCUCCUGUCACUGCUGCCGGCCCCAGACCUCCAAGCUAAAAGCACUGCGGCUGCGCUGCUCCGGGGGCAUGAGGCUCACAGCCACCUACCGGUACAUCCUCUCCUGUCACUGCGAGGAGUGCGGCUCCUGAGACCCGCCGCUCAGCGGCUUCUGGACGGGACAUCCUCCUCCCUCGCCGAGGCAGAUCAUCCAGCCAGGGAGAAGGACUGGCAAGAAAAGAGUUAAGGAGGAAAAAAACCCCAAAAGAUGCAGCAAUUCCCACGGGAUUCUGCAUAUUCUAGUAAUAAAGACUCUCCAUGCUUGUUGACAGAGA